UGCGAUAACAUAAAUAAGUAGCUCUUUCCAUAAUUGGACGCAAGUUUCUUGUUUCUAAAUACAAAUGCCCAGCUACAAAUGUCCUGAUGUUCACAGGGUAAUUUUAUUUUGGAAAUCCUAUAUUGUGUAUUUCCUCUCAGAUUUCCACUAACUUUUCUUGCAUGAGUUUUGUCCUGUCGUUCCCUCUGUUGAGCAGAGAGGGCGCGCUACGCUGCCUAAUGACUCGCGAGGAAGUUGAACUGGGCGAAAGGCAACAUGGGAUAUGUAGUUUAGCCUAGUUUGGACCCCCGCUACCGCGUAACUUCACUGGUAGGAACUGCUGCGGCAACUUUCGAAAUGUUCAACGGAAGGAGCGGGCAGCAAUGACUGACGAGUAUGACGAAGAUGUGGUCUUUGAGAAUUCUCCACUUUUCCAGUACCUGCACGAUCUAGGGCACACAGAUUUUGAAGCAUGUCCGUCUGCAACACAGGAGGAGGACUCAGCCGAACAGGAAGGAGAGCCUGUUGCUUCCGACCUCCCUCAGAAAACUACAAGAGGACGUUUAUGGACCCUGGCUGAGAGACUGUGGAGGUGGAGUCCACUUCAUCACGCGGCUGCGUCUCAGAAGCUGGAGCAGCAGCUGGACGGUUUGUUCGGCCAGUACUCUGUCAGGUGCAUUCUGGACCAGGAUGUGCUGCUGCAGGAGGACGUGGAACUGAUUGAGCUGUUAGACCCUGCUCUGCUCACGCUGGGGUCACCACCUUCUGAGUCACCGAGUCAAGCUGGCUCCUUGCCCAAGCCAAAGCUUCUGGCCAAACCAUCUUUAUGGGAUUUGGCAGCACUGGCCGGCCUGACUGCAGUCCUGUUGGGCUUCUGCUCUGUUUCUGGAGGUCUGUGGUCCCUGGCUGCAGCUCCCUGGGGUCUGGCUCUGCUGGGAUGGCUGGGUGCGAGAGGCUCUGUCUUGUGGAGAGAGGGCUGUGUGCAGCGGAAGGCCCACAACAGAGCCUCACAGAUCCAGGUUUUACUCCACAACAGCAAGACCCUCACUGGCUUGUCUCGCAAGGCCCUGCGCCUGGUCCAGGAGACGGAGGUCAUCUCCAGAGGAUUCACCCUUUUGCUCGACAGGGUAAGUGCGGCCGGCUCCUUUAGCAGGGCAGGUCCAGGGGCGGUACCACGAGGACAGCAUCUCAUCGGACUGAGGAAAACACUGUACAGGGCGCUCCGUUCUGCCUUUAGAGCCUCGCGAAGAGCCACGUGUCACAUGCUCAAAGCGUUCCCGCUGAAUUCCGAAAUAGAUAAUGUGACAAACUACGUGUCAGCUGUGCCUCUGAAAGAGUUGGGUCUGGGUCUGGGAAUUGAGCACCUGGGUGACGAGCAGGCGCAGGAGCUGACUGAUGACUACAGUCUACCAGCCCUCAAGCUGUUAUUCCAGCUGUGGGUGGGACAAAGCUCUGAAUGCUUCCGCCGCCUGGCUCUUCUGCUGUCACCACAGCGACUAGAGGAGACAAGAGAAUCCACGACCAUUGACAGCCACGUCCCUCCACCUCCUCUUCCUCCCCUUUAUCGGUCCAUUGCAGCAGUGACUGAGCCCCUCAGUUACGCCAUGGACACUUGUCUAGGGGAGGUCCAGCGCAGUUAUGACUUCCACCGACACUUCGAGACCCAGUCGAGGACUACAGGCUCGGCGAGGACUAAUGCAGCCAGAGAGAAGUGUCGAGAGCUGAACACACUCCAUGCUUCCAUCAGAAGUUUGCAGCUGCAUCUCAAAGCCCUCCUCAGCGAGAUGAUUAUUCUGGAAGAUGACCUGGAGAAACUCAUGGUGUCCAAAGAACCCACUGAGCUGACCCUAGAGGGAUACCAGGAUCUCAGUGAACGGCUGCACCAGCUGCAGCCUCACAUGCAGGCGAGCAGUGGCUGCUGGGAAGACACACUCAGUCAGGUGGAUCGCAUGCUGAGACGUGCUGGUGCAGGCAACUCUGAUGCUGGGAACCAGGUUGCUCCUCCUCUCUGUGAGAUCCCUGCUGCCCCUCCAUCAUAUCCCUUAAUUCUGGAUAGAGAUCCGGUCCCUGAAGAGCUGGAAUGGGAAGCCUACGUGUCUGAGUCGGAUUCAGAUGGUGAAGGUCGAGACUCGUGGUGCGACAUGCUGACACAGGAGGAGCGGGAACGGCAGCGCCGGGAGAGGGAGGAGUCCCGCCGUGUCCUGUCAGAACUCAAAUCUGUACUGGGCGUCCGUGCAUCCGAGGGCGAGAGAAUGAAGAGGAAGCAGUUGCUGUUUCACGAGCAAGCAGCUGCUGUGACACCCUCAGUUUCCAGCCAAAGUUCAGGUUCUGCGAUGAAGGCGACAGACACUCCCGUCUCAGUGGGACCAGCAGAAUCCGGAGAUGAAGCAGGAAAACACCUAUCAGAGCUUCCUGCAGGAAAGGAAGAGCAGGAAGGAAGAGGUGACUGUGAGAGGCGUGAGCAGUCGACUGAGCUGACGACAGAGUUCAGCUGUGGCGUGGAGGCGAGGACAGCUGCGUCCGUCUGCACCAGAGGAGGGGGAGGAGCUUCAGAGUUGCACCAGUACGACGGAGACUCGGAGGAGGGGGAGAUGCAGAAUGGCUUGGACUGCUUCCUGAAGCCUAAAGUCCCCUCCGUGUCCGUCAUGGAUAGACUUACUGAGAUCCACGGAUCAGAUGCCCUCAGCUUUAGUUCAGCGCUUGCUGCCCAGGUGGCAGCACGUUCACACUCACUCAUAAAGAUGGAGGAGCAGAUGUUUGGGGAUGACGAAGAGGAGGAGGAAGAGGAAGGGUCGGAGUCUGGUGAAAAGGGCUGAAGGAGAUUUUCUCUCCUCUGACCGUCUUUCAUUGCUCGGUACAUAUUCAUGUUGUCCUUCCCUGUCGCAUCAGUGCUAGAUCUUCUCUGCUGUUCAAACUCAGGUACCUGCACCUCUGAAACAAAGAACCUGCUGAAGUUCAGAAGACCAGGAUGCUCACACUUUACCCAGCUUCAGACUGUGAACCCAAUAUUUUAGCAGUCUGUGUGUGUUGGAAGUGAUGAGCUGGAAUCUGGGUCAUGUGUUUGGGGGGUUUGAACCCAAAUGUGGGCGUCAAGGUUCUCUACACUAAAUGAAACGAAACAGUGGUAUGUUGAGGUCAAAUAGUUUGCUGCUCUUUCUUUCAUCAAAUCCCUCUCCUGUUGGUCGUUGGUCAUCUGUGGCAGUUGGCUGCAGGAUCCUCUGACGCCAGCCGCUGCAGACCGCACGUCUUACUGCAGACUGAAACAAGUGGUGACUCAAGAGGAAGUCAAGUACUAUUUUAACGUCUCUGUUUUAUUUUUGUCCAACCCUCCCUGUCCUACUGUGGUGGGCCUCCUAAAGACGUAGCAUAUCAUCCAGUCACGUUUGGAAACCAUCACUAUUGUAGCAGAAACAGUCUUGAGUCGGUGUUUGCAAUGAAUGUCAGGAAGUAUGUGACUCGUCACCCCAUGACUGAAUCGUAGGAAGUGAAAAAUGUAUUUAAUGAACUGUGCCUCAGUGGGACCCAGUACACAACAUGAAAUGUGUUUCUCAUGAAAAGAUAAACUGUGCGGCCACAAAUGGAAAUUCCUGGUCUUUUGUCACCAUGUCUGCCUUGACUCCUCCGACACCCUCCCCAGGCGUGGGUCCUCCAUUUAUCAGUGUGAAAUAAAAUACUGCUGUGGAA